AUGGUGAAUGGACAAUCAACAGAGAGUGCAAAAAUCUUGUAUAGUCCAAUGAAGAAGAUUCUAGCUAAUGAGCAGCAACAAGCAGAUGGAUCGGAAAUAAAUUUAGAUAACGCAGCAUCAGCUAACACCUCUUUGGUGAAUUAUGAUAUAAUAUUUUGGAUUCUUAAAGAUGGCAAUCUUAUCAAUAAUAGUCCAUAUAAUCAGAUAUAUUAUCCAUCAUCGCAGCAACCUCAACAUCAACAGCAACUAAACUAUUCAACACAAUAUCAAACACAGAACCUUUUCUUUGAUCCAUUACUACAUAAUCAUAAUCAUCAUCAACAACAACAACAACAAAUACUACCAUCUCUGCUACCAUCAAUACAUCACCAUCAUCAUCAUCUAUUAACCGAACCAACAUCACCGCUAUCACUAUCAUUCAACAGUAAUAACUCAUCAACAAUGAUCGAAACACCACAGCAAUCACCUCAACCUCUUUCAAUGUCAUCUCUGCCACAUCAGCAACAACUCUCAACGAGAGUGACAAAACGUCGACGUAAUCGAGAAACUCCACCUCGACCGCUCAACUCCUUUAUGAUCUAUCGACGAGAAUAUCAGAAACGGAUCAAGGAAGAGAAUCCUAAUAUUCUACUAUCUGAACUAUCACGAAUCUCAAAAUCGGCUGCAGAUCGAUGGGCGAAUGAAUCGCAACAAGUAAAACAACUAUACGCGGAGAAGGCGAAAGCCGAGAAAGAAGCACACAUGAAAUUAUACCCAAAUUACGUGUAUUGCCCGCGAAGACCCUCACGAACUAAACCACGAAAGAAAUCAUCCAUUUCGGGUUUGGAGAGUUCUUCGGAAAAAAUGUCGUUGAAUUUCUUGCUGAAUGACGAAUCGACGAAUGCCUUGAAUUCUUUUCAUAAGUUACCUCCUUCGCAUUCGAAUUCACAUGCAGAAGUCGACGUCGAUCAUCACGUUUAA